AUGGAAGCAAAAGUGGCACUGAAGAUGUUGUUCCUGUUCUCAAUUCUUCUGAUCCAAGGAUCCUAUGUUGAAGGAGUAUUUGGAACUUCGUGUAUUAGAGGAAGAGACACCAGGCCGGUAAAUAUCCUUAUUUGUCUCCUUAGAAGCCAUUGUGAUUCUUCCCAAAUUACACCAGUCUGUGGAAACUGAGAACUAGAAAAAAGAGACUAAACAAAGCAUUAUCCAUGAUUAUCAAUUGCAUAGGAAAUUGGCAGGCUUUUGAGCAUGGCAAUGUAUUUGUAAUUCAUAGAAGCACGCUUUAAAAGUUACGUUGGCAAUUAAGUUUUUCUUCCUUUGUAGGCGUGCAACGCCGCAAAUAGCAUGAAAAGGCAUGCACGACGAAUCUGUUCGACUGCUCGAGGGCUGGAUUGUGAUCAGAUCCUACGGGACGACUACUCAGAUCAUGAGAGCCAGGAACAAGGGAAUUUCUAAGCAAUAAUGCGUGAAAAGUUUAAUCAAAUCAAACGUCAUUAAGAUCAUUUAAAAUCUAAAAGUAAAGCAAACACAGGAAAAUAAAACUUAUGACUGACAUUUUGUAUCUUUUUCUCCUUGGUCCAAUUUCAUUUAUUAUUAAUAAUCAGAGAAAUUAAUGCUGUAACAUACGGCGUUCCAAAUUAUUGCUGUCG